ACCAGCUGUGCUGGAACCCCAACGCAGAACUGUGGUAGAAGCGGUGGAUCCUCCGGCAUUUGUACCGCCUAAGACGAUAUCCCGAGGAAAAGAAGGCGACGCGCGUGAUGAGAUAUCAAGGCGGUAUGGUCGCUUUCGAAAAUCAUAGAAGUCCUGAAUAUGAGUCGCUCGUCGAGAAAGGAGGAGGCGGCGGAGACCAGCCAACACGAAGGCGGACGCUCUGCAGAGGACAACAGCGACUCUAGCUCAGAUGCGGAUUCUAUAGAUCCCAGGCUGAAAGACAUGCCAUAUAUCGAAGCUUUUGGUCGUCGCUACCAUAUCUCAGGCAAGAUAUUUCUACCUUUCGACAAGAACGAGCGCGAGAGGAUGGAAAUCCAACACAAGCUAUACAGACAUUGCUUAGACGGUGCCUUGACUUCCACUCGGUUACCUCUGCAAACAAGCCAAAUACUAGAUCUAGGUACCGGUACCGGCGUAUGGGCCAUAGAAAUGGCAGCCCGUUACCCCCAAGCCCAAAUCACGGGAGUAGACGUAUACCCGAUACAGAGAAGGGCAAGGAUACCGCCGAAUGUCAAGUUCGAGAUCGACGACGUAGAAAAUACGUGGAAAUACCCGGACAACACGUUCGACUUCAUCCAUGCGCGUAGCCUGGCCGGCGGUGUGCGAGACUGGCCAGCGCUAUUUCGCCAGGUAUACAAUAAGCUCAAGCCAGGCGGGCUCUUCGAGAUGACGGAGAUUGCCCUUAAUAUCUUCGAUUUUGACGGCAAGUUCGCAGAGGCGGAAAUGUGCCCGGAGUUUCUACAGAUAUGUCGGGACCUGUAUAAAAAGGUCGACAUGGAUUUUAACCCGUCACCACACGUUCCCGACUGGCUGGUCGAGAUCGAUUUUGAGAAGGUAGUCCAGAGGAGUGAGAUACUUCCACUCGGUAACUGGGCCCAAGACGAGAAAAUGAAGCUACGCCAGAGAUUGGUGAACAGCAUAACGAAUGAAGACUAUUGCACAUUGGACAAUCACUGUGGCCUGCUAUUUGAGAAGGGAGGUUGGACAAAAGCUCAAUAUGAUGCUCUAAUGCCAGCGUUUUGGAAAGAAAUAUUCUCUGAAAAUAUUCGACCCUACAUAAGAGCUGUAUUUACUACUGCGAGGAAGCCUCGUGAAGAGCGUGUAUCUUGAUACUGUUUUACGAGAAGUCAUAGCUACUUCUCACGCUACGGCUUACGAUGACAAUCAUAAUUAGAAGUAUUCUUCAAAAUGCAAAGGAAGUAACGCAAUAGAAGGGGCAUUUAUUUUCUUGCUUUUAUUCCCCUUAACUCUCAAGUCACUCUGUAAUUAUUCUUACUUGCUACUACUAGAAAGGCUAGGCUUAUUAUCUUAGGAGUUUGGUAACUAGAACACCGUUGCUCCAUGUCAGUAAUCGAGCAGGAAACUAUCGUAUUUCACCUGUCAUAUUUGUCGUCCCCGCUUAGUAAGUUUGUCACCAGACGAAAGAUGUGCAAAAAGUGCUAGAUCAGAAUAAGCCGGGACAUAUCAAGGUCACAGCGGAGCAAGGACGGCUCAAGCCACCUCGAUACUAUCCACGUUUAGGGGGAGGGGGGGUGUAUUAGCCACGCUGUAUACGCAAUAAGAACACCUGCCUAUUCAAUACUCGGCUCACAUCUCACCGUAGGAUUCGCAUCAUGUACAUACAUACUACACAUACAUAUGUACCUCACACAUAAAUGCC